AUGGCACCCUUUGGGUUGUCAAAUGCUCAGUGUGAAACCCCAGUGAAGCUUGACAUUGUGCUGUUGUUGGACGACUCUGGGAGCAUAGCACCUUCCACCUUUGAAACCAUCCAGAAGUUUCUCUCUGAAAUGGUCAUCAAGUUCGACAUCGGCCCAGACAGAGUCCAGAUUGGUCUGGUUCAGUACAGUGAUGACCCAAGCACCAAGUGGCACCUCAAGAAACACAAGACCAAAAGUUCUCUGCUGAAGGCCAUAGCCAAUCUGAAACAGCAAGGAGGAAGCACCAACACAGGACGUGCUCUGAACUUCACCCUUCAACAGAACUUUAAACUCAAUGUGGGAAUGCGAGCAGACUCCAAAAAGAUUGCUGUCCUGAUCACUGAUGGAGAGUCCCAGGACGACAUAAUCCUCCCCUCACAGAAACUGAAGGACGCCGACAUUGAGAUCUACGCUAUUGCUGUGGAGGAUGCCAACAAGAUGGAGCUGAUGUCCAUUGUCUCCGAUCCCAAAGAAAGUCACGUAUACCCUGUCCGGAACUCGUCAUUCCUCCUGGAUGUUUUCUGUAGCAGCACUCCUAGCCCUGACCCUAGCUCAGGUGCUCAGUGUAAAACCACAGCCAAGGCCGACAUCGUGCUGUUGGUGGACGACUCCACAAGCAUCUCACCUUCCACCUUUAAAACCAUCAAGAACUUAAUCGCUGAUAUUGUCAGCAACUUCGACAUCGGCCCAGACAGAGUCCAGAUUGGUCUGGUUCAGUACAGUACUGACCCAAGGACCGAGUGGCACCUGAACACCCACAAGACCAAAAGUUCCCUGCUGAAGGCCAUAGCCAAUCUGGUACAUAGUGCAGGAGACACCAACACAGGACGUGCUCUGGACUACAUUCUUGAUGAGAACUUUAAACCCAAUGUGGGAAUGCGAGCAUACUCCAAAAACAUUGCUGUCUUGAUCACUGAUGGAGAGUCCCAGGAAGACACACUCCUCCCCUCAAAGAAACUGAAGCGAGCUGGUGUUGAGAUUUACGCUAUUGGUGUGGAUGACGCCAACACAGGGCAGCUGGGAUCCAUUGUCUCCUAUACAGAAGAAACUCACAUGUUCUAUGUCAGUGACUCCUCAAACCUCUGGGACAUUUUGAAGAAUUUCACCAUUAACCUAUGUAACAGCAUAAAUAACUUAGACUCUGUCAGGCUGGUGAAUGGGAGCAGUCUGUGCUCAGGCAGACUGGAGGUGAAGACUAACCAGUCUACCCAGCACUGGUCCUCAGUGUGUAAAGAUGACUUUGACCAGAUGGAUGCAGAGGUGGUCUGUAGGGAGCUUGGCUGUGGGGCUCCUUCAGUCCUUCAGGGGGUGCUCUAUGGAGAAGUGGAAGCUCCAAUGAGGACCAAAGAGUUCCAGUGUGGAGGCAACGAGUCUGCUCUCCUGGACUGUAGAAGCUCAGGCUCAGAUAGAAACACCUGCUCACCUGGAAAAGCUGUUGGACUCAACUGCUCAGAACCUGUCAGGUUGGUGGGAGGAUCCAGUCGCUGUACUGGAACACUGGAGGUGAAACGAGGAGACUGGAGACCAGUGGAUGUCUCCGAUUGGACCCUGAAGGAAGCAGCGGUAGUCUGUAAAGAGCUGGACUGUGGCUCUCCUGUUUCAGCAGGAAUAAGAAAUGAUUCCUUAUCCAAAUCUGCAUGGAAGAUCAGUCCUAACUGUAUUAACUCUGGGUAUACCCUGAGAGAGUGUGUAACAUCAGGUUCCUCUUCCUCAAUCAUGAAGAUCACCUGCUUAGAGCCUGUCAGGUUGGUUGGAGGAUCGAGCCACUGUACUGGAACACUGGAGGUGAAACGAGGAGACUGGAGACCAGUGGAUGCCUCUGAUUGGACCCUGAAGGAAGCAGCGGUAGUCUGUGGAGCGCUGGACUGUGGCUCUGCUGUUUCAACAGGAAUAAGAAAUGAGUCCUUAUCUAAAUCUGCAUGGAAGAUCAGUCCUAACUGUAUUCAGUCUGCAUCUGCCCUGAGAGAGUGUGCAACAUCAGGUUCCUCCUCCUCCAUUAUGGAGAUCACCUGCUUAGACUCUGUCAGGCUGGUAAAUGGGACCAGUCUGUGCUCAGGCAGACUGGAGGUGAAGACUAACCAGUCUAACCAGCGCUGGUCCUCAGUGUGUGAAGAUGACUUUGAUCAGCAGGAUGCAGAGGUGGUCUGUAGAGAGCUUGGCUGUGGGACUCCUUCAGUCCUCCAGGGGGCUCUCUAUGGAGAAGUGGAGGCUCCAAUGAGGACCAAAGAGUUCCAGUGUGGAGGCAACGAGUCUGCUCUCCUGAAACUGUAGAAGCUCAGUCUCAGAUAGAAACAACUGCUCAUCUGGAAAAGCUGUUGGACUCACCUGCUCAGAUCCUGUCAGGUUGGUGGGAGGAUGGAGUCGCUGUACUGGAACACUGGAGGUGAAACAGGGAGACUGGAGACCAGUAGAGGGCUCUGACCAGACCCCAAAGGAAUCAGCAUCUGUU